UUUCUGGUUUGAUCACGUGGUGUCCCAAGAUGGCCGCGCCCUAGAGCGAAGCCAAAACAGUUGUGCAAGCGAAUUUAAAUGACAGUUGAGGAUCUGCAGGUGGUAGAUGAAAUCUCCAGAGAAACAGCGGAGACACUGAGAAACUCUGUGACCUCUUCAGCCGUGUCGACAUGAGUAAAAACGAUAUAAAUCUCCCCAAGGACUUUCCUAAGCUCCAGAACGACACAUUUCUGCGAGCAGCACGAGGAGAAGAAACGGAGCAUGUCCCAGUGUGGUGUAUGAGACAGGCUGGACGAUACCUACCAGAGUUUCGUGAGUCCAGAGCAGGAAAGGACUUCUUUGAGACAUGCCGGUCACCAGAGGCCUGCUGUGAGCUGACUCUGCAGCCUCUGAGACGUUUUCCUUUUGACGCUGCCAUCAUCUUCUCUGACAUCCUAGUUGUCCCACAGGCCAUGGGUAUGGAUGUCCAGAUGAUGGCAGGUAAAGGUCCCACAUUCCCAGAGCCCCUGAAGGAGCCAGAAGACCUGCAGCGCCUCCGGGUCAAAGUGGAUGUGGGCAAGGAGCUGGGCUACGUCUUCAAAGCCAUCACACUGACCAGACACAAGAUAGAGGGCAAAGUACCACUCAUAGGGUUCACUGGAGCUCCGUGGACGCUGAUGUCCUAUAUGAUAGAAGGCGGUGGCUCCACCACACACUCUAAGGCGAAGCGGUGGCUGUACCGCCACCCUGAGGCCAGCCACAUGCUGUUGAGGAUGCUGACAGAUGUCAUAGUGGAGUAUCUGCUGGGCCAGGUGGCAGCUGGAGCACAGGCUCUGCAGGUGUUUGAGUCCCACGCUGGCAUCCUUGGGCCUGUCGAGUUUAAAGAGUUCUCUCUGCCUUACCUCCGAGACAUCGCUCGCCGUGUCAAAGAUCAGCUCAAGGAGGCAAGAAAGGAGGUUCCUAUGAUUGUGUUUGCAAAAGAUGCUCACUACGCUCUAGAGGAUCUGUCUCAGUCUCAUUAUGAGGUGGUCGGGUUGGACUGGACAAUCGACCCACAGUCAGCACGUGAGCGCACAGGAGGGAAGGUCAGCCUGCAGGGAAACCUGGAUCCUUGUGCUCUCUAUGCUCCAAAGGAGCGCAUUUCAGACAUGGUGAAGAUAAUGUUGGAGGGUUUUGGCACAAGGGGUUACAUCGCCAACCUGGGACACGGCCUUUACCCCGACAUGGACCCGGAGAACGUUGGUGCCUUCGUUGAAGCUGUGCACCAAUACUCUAAAAGGAUGAUCAAACAAAUGUAAAGAUCUGUGUGUAAACAACAACAAAAGAGAUAGUAAUAAAUAAAAUGUACCAAUAUA